GCGCAGUGGCAGCUGGAGGACAUGGAGGAAAGACCCACGGAGACCAACGCCAAUGUGGACAACUCGGCGUCCCCCUCGGUGGCCCAGCUGGCCGGGCGGUUCAGGGAGCAGGCGGCGGCAGCGAAGGAGAUGCCAGCCAGUAAGCCUGCCAGGAGGAAACCGCCCUGCUCCCUCCCCCUGUUCCCCCCCAAGGUAGAGCUGGGCCAGAACGGAGAGGAGAAAUCACCACCCAGCACAAGCCACCUUCCCAAGGUGAAGGUGAAGAGCUCGCCUCUGAUCGAGAAGCUUCAGGCCAACCUAGCCUUCGACCCCGCCGCCCUGCUGCCUGGGGCCUCACCCAAGAGCCCUGGACUCAAGGCCACGGUGUCACCAUUUCACAGCCCACCUUCCACGCCCAGCAGCCCCAGCGUGCGGUCUCGGGCCAGCGAGCCAGAGGAGGUGCCCAUCAGCUUCGACCAGCCUCCGGAGGGCAGCCACCUGCCCUGUUACAACAAGGUACUGCCUGGGUCCGGAGUCUGUGGUCCGUCUGUGGAAACGUGGGCACUGGACGUUCCUGAACCAGGUCUACCCUGUGGUUGUGUGGUUGCCCCGGAGAGAGGAGGGCACAUUGGAGUGGUCAGGACUGGUUAUCACAGGAGGAAACGUCCCUGAGCCGGGGUCAGCCCUCUCCCUGGCUGCCCGUCUCCGCUCCCGUGUAACUGUCACCAGAAAGGCAGGCGUAGGGUGGUGAGCACUCUCCUGGUGGAAGGAGCGUGGGAACUUGGAACUGAGCUCACCUGCACAGAGUUAUGUCAAAGCUGAAAACCAAAGCUAAAGACCUGGUCAGUGACUGGGCAGGGUCACUAGGACUUGAAAACACCCUGCUCUGGCCUGGUGUGACAACUCCUACGUGCCCAGUAUGGGCUCAAAGCAAUUGUUUUUGCGGCAGGAAUUCUUGCCCCAGUUACAGACCAUCCAGACUGGUCCCUCUGCCGAAAGCUGUGAGGCCGGCUGGUUUCCAUAGAUGCUGCCCGCAUACUCCUUGCUCCCUUUCAUUGGCUCCCUGGCCCUACCAGGAGGUGGUAAGUUUCAGAGACACAGUGCAAGCAGGUACCCAAAAAAUGCGGGGCGGAGCCAGGCAGGGGCUAAUGCCAGGGAAUGGCAUUGGGUGUGACUUUGGAACUAGGGAUGGAGGGAGCGGCACCAUCGGGGCCGUUCUAGAAAAUCUAUCUGGGAAAAAGGUCAAGUGUGUAGAAGCAAGUAGGGCCCAAGGAAGGAAACUGGUGUGUAGAGGUGCUGGGCGGGCUUGAGCCUGCUGGCUGCGAAUCAGGAGAUCCUGCAGCCCAAGGUGACAGGCAGAGGGGCCCAGAGGACAGCCUUGUCUCUCACAGGUGUGAGAGGGAGUAGGGGCAGGGAGGGAGGUGCUGGCACCUGGUCAUAUACCAGGCUUCAGUGUUCUGACGGCAGCAAGGGAGCAGGAGAGAUUAGUUCUGAGACCUCCUGGCCGUGAGGCCUGGGCCCUGAUCCCCCGCAAGGCAGGCCUCCUGUGGUCUCAGGACAGGUCUGGGAAGCCUUCUAAACCAUAGUAUUCAUUCCAAACCCCUGAGAUGGAAUUAGGGUUGACCACUACCAAAAUGAAAGUCUGUAGGAAAAUAAAAUUUAUGACAAUAAGGUUCAUUUGACGUCAUUAAAGGCCACAUCCCUUGAGUGGAGUCAGGCAUAAACAUUUCCAAGGAAUUUCUGACGAAGUCCGGAGGGCCACGGUGAGUCCUGACCUCAGGUCCACAUGCUUUCCGGGGAGGAAGGGACCUGCACCCGCUCUGCUGGGUGCUCCCGAGACACAGCUUCUGGUCACGGUGAUGCCCAGAAAGGGAAGACCGGGCUGCUCAGCUCUCCCAGGGUCACCCAGCCUUUGUGGACAGGAAGGGUCGAGCCGGGGGAAGGGAGGAAGCUGGUCGCCAGCUCUGCCCCUCUGAGGUUGCUGUGCCAGGGCUGGGCCACCAGCAGGCCCCAACCCUCUUCUCUGUUGGGUUUACCUUUGUCAAAGUAUAAUCUUCAAAACAUUAAAACAUGUCUCAUGCAAAACAGGUAUCAAUUUUAUCCUCAAUUUAUGAGGAAACCUGCAAUAUGGUGAAGCUCAUUCAAAGAACAUUAGAAGAGGGAUAGAAACAAGAUGGCAGCGUAGGUAAACAUGGUACCCACCGGCUCCCACAACCACGUCAAAAUUACAACUAAAAUACAAAACCACCAUCAUUCAGAACCACCUGAAAUCU